AUGCUGUAUAAAGGUCUUCGUCUUGCGGCCCGCGCCGCUCCCAAACUCGCGCUCUGCAACGCAAAUCCCGCGCUCCGACAGCUUCCCCUGCAGUUCCAGCAUGUCCGCAACUACGCCGACCAGGUCAUCAAGGUCCCGCAGAUGGCCGAGUCCAUCAGUGAGGGCACCUUGAAGCAGUGGAGCAAGAAGGUUGGCGACUAUGUCGAGCAGGACGAGGAGAUCGCGACCAUCGAGACCGACAAGAUUGAUGUGGCCGUCAACGCUCCCGAGGCCGGUACGAUCAAGGAGUUCCUCGUUAAUGAGGAGGACACUGUCACAGUCGGCCAGGGCAUUGUCCGGCUAGAGCUUGGCGGUGCGCCCAAGGAGGGCGGUGCUGAGAAGCCGGCCGCGCCCGAGAGCAAGGAGGCUGCUCCCAAGGACAGCGCUCCUGCUCCUGCUCCCGAGAAGGCUCCCGAGCCUAAGCAGGAAACCAAGCCCGCCGCUGCUCCUGCCCCCACGCCUGCCAAGAAGGAAACUCCUGCGAAGGAGGCCCCGGCUACCCUCGGCAACCGCGAGGAGCGCAGAGUCAAGAUGAACCGCAUGCGCCUCCGCAUCGCCGAGCGUCUCAAGCAGUCCCAGAACACCGCUGCCUCGCUUACCACCUUCAACGAAGUUGACAUGUCCGCCCUGAUGGAUUUCCGCAAGCAGUACAAGGAUGAGAUCCUCAAGAAGACCGGCGUCAAGCUCGGCUUCAUGAGCGCCUUCUCCCGCGCCUGUGUCUUGGCCAUGCGCGACAUCCCGGCCGUCAACGCCUCUAUUGAGGGUCCCAACGGCGGUGACACCAUUGUCUAUCGGGAUUAUGUUGACAUCAGUGUCGCUGUGGCCACCGAGAAGGGUCUUGUCACUCCUGUAGUCCGCAAUGUUGAGACCAUGGACCUCGUUAACAUUGAGAAGUCUAUCGCGGAUAUGGGCAAGAAGGCUCGUGACGGUAAGCUCACCAUUGAGGACAUGGCUGGCGGAACUUUCACCAUCAGCAACGGCGGCGUUUUCGGCUCCUUGAUGGGUACCCCUAUCAUCAACCUUCCUCAGAGCGCAGUUUUGGGUCUCCAUGCUAUCAAGGAGCGCCCUAUCGCUGUUAACGGAAAGGUUGAGAUUCGCCCCAUGAUGUACUUGGCUCUCACCUACGACCACAGACUGCUUGAUGGCAGAGAGGCUGUCCAGUUCCUGGUCAAGGUGAAGGAGUACAUUGAGGACCCCAGGAAGAUGCUUCUUUAA